AUGGAUAUCCGACAACUACCAUACACUCUCGAAAUCAAAUCCCCAGUUGCGACUUCCAGCCAACCAGAAGGAGAUAGAGCCACAGAACCUCCUCCCUGGUAUAAUCCACGAGGCUGGUCCCUACGCAAGAAACUCAUCGCCAGCACAACAACCAUAGUCAUAAUACUGGCAGCAAUCCUGAUCCCCGUCGAAAUAAUCCAAAACCGCUACCCAAACUACAUACCCUUGAAUUACACCCUCGCAGACACCUACUCAGGCCCAACCUUCUUCGACCAAUUCACCUAUUUCACAGACGAUGACCCAACAAAGGGCUUCGUCGUCUACGUCAACAAAUCAACCGCCAGAGACUUAAACCUCACCUAUGCAUCCGAGUCCUCGGCCGUCCUGCGCGUCGACGCAUCAACACCAAACGCCCGCUCAGGCCGGAACUCCGUCCGCGUCGAGUCGAGGAAUACGUAUGAUUCCGGCCUCUUCAUCUUUGAUAUUAUUCAUACACCCUUCGGCUGUGCGACAUGGCCUGCUUUGUGGUUAACGGAUGGGUAUAACUGGCCGAUGAAUGGCGAGAUCGAUGUUCUUGAAACUACGAAUGUUGGAAGCCAUGGGAAUGAAGUCUCCAUUCAUACUACCAAGGGGUGCAGUAUGGAUGUCAAGCGCAAGCAUACCGGUCAGGCGAUCUUUAAGAACUGCGAUAGUGCCACAGGUGGAAAUUCUGGCUGUGGUGUCAUCGGUGAUGAGAAUAGUUAUGGUGAGGCGAUGAAUAACCGUGGUGGGGGUGUUUAUGCCCUUGAACUCCGUGAUGCUGGUAUUCGAGCUUGGUUCUUCCCGAGUGGAACUGUCCCUGCUGAUAUCACGGCGGAGAAUCCUGAUCCGAGUAGCUGGGGCGUUGCGUUGGCGGAUUUCCCGAGUACGAAGUGUGAUAUUGCGUCGCAUUUCAAGAAUCUGAGUAUCAUUGUUAAUAUUGACCUCUGUGGUGAACUUGCUGGUCAGAAACAGUAUUAUGAUACUUUGUAUCACUGUCCGGCGACUUGUUCGGGCUUUGUCGCUAGCAAUCCCGGCAGUUUUGUUGAUGCUUAUUGGGAGUUUAAGAGCUUCAAGGUUUAUCGUGCUUAUUGA